GGAAGCCACCUGCAAAUCUUGGGAGAUAAUAACAGUGGACAAAAAGCUAGUGGUCAGACCAUUUUUGCACUGUACAGUCUUCAAGAAACCUUUAUACGAACAUGAGGAGGCCCGCAUUUCUUACACUCUAUUCGAUUUUCGCUCUCGGAUAUUGCCAGUUCGACUUUUCGAACCCCUACUCGGCAGAGCAAUGUGCGUCGAAACUCGCUUGUUCGAUGAAUUACAGCAAAGUGUUUGACGCCAAGAUAAGCGAACUGACAUAUCACCAUAAUCUCGAUUUGUAUAAACUUCGCAGCUUCUUCGUCGAAAGAAUCACGCCCCUUGAACGCGAAACAGAAAUACUGAAGACGAAUACGUCCAUCAUGUUGCAAGGAUUUGGGCGGGAAAUUUCAAACGUUUACACGACCCUGAGUCACGACAGAGAAUUCAUCAACAAUCUGACGCGUGAAAUGUAUGAUCUCGGUAAGUCUCUUCACAGCGAGAUUGCAAUCCGGAUGGACGACGUUCAUCGUCUGGUGGAUGAGCUCCGAGGAGUUCAAAAUAACUUGGCUCUUUUGCAAUUCCAAGUUAACGAACUUAAAGGAGUCAACGUUACAGGGACGACUCCUCAAAUAACUAAACCUGGACAGAGUUGCACAACUGACAAUGCCACUCUGGAAGAGUUGAGCGAGUUAAAAAAGAACAACACAUUCUUGGAGAGGGUGUACAGUUUUGCCGCCAAUUCCGUGAGGCGGCUGACGUCAGAAGUGGCUGAGCGGGACAAACAGAUUCUGGCUUUACAACAAAAGAUCCGGGCUCUUCAUAAUCAGCCCGGGGUACCCCUGGCCGCAAGCAGCACCUGUGAUCUACCUCUCGGACUCGGAAACUCCAGCGUGAUUCCCGAUUCGGAUAUUUCUGCUAGCGAGACGCACGUGAAUUACGUUCCCGUCGGCGCGCGCAUCAACAGCCAAGCUGGAUGGUACACUAAUGACAAAUCUAGGUCACAGGACUGGAUUCAGGUAGACCUAGGUGAGAAGAAACACGUCACUAAGGUGGCGACUCAGGGGGCACCGUGUUGUGACGUAUGGGUGACUAACUAUACCAUACAGUUUUCUCAGGACGGUGUACAGUGGACGGACUAUCAAGAGCAAUGUCAGAAAAAGUAUUUCAGCGGCAACACUGACCAGAACACUAUUAAACUGCAAACCCUUGAACCACCCAUCGUUGCUCGAUUCGUUAGAAUAAACGUGGUCGACUUCAACCGGAAGUCCAGUAACGCUAACAACUACGUGGGCAUGCGCUUUGAACUUUACGGAUGUUCUGUCAGGUUUUAACGUUUUUGUCAAUAAAAUUGUUCAAACAAAUACAAUAUCAAUUUUUUAGUAUUUAA